AUGAUUCGCGGCGGGAGAAGCUAUGUUACUUCACCUCCGUCCUUCUCCAACGACGCUAAGAAGCUCCUUGUCUGCACAGGAAACACAGUCUCUGUUUUCAGCGCCGCCACUGGCUUACAGAUUACUUCGCUCGAGGGUCAUACAGCUCCAGUGACGACUCUAAUCGUUGUUCCUGCAUCGAGUCCUGCUCAGAAAAUCCUCUGCUAUUGCUGGACUGCGUCUCUCGACGGUACGAUUCGCCAUUGGGAUUUCUCAGGACCUGAGCUUUUGAAAACCAUUAACGCCCAACUUCCGAUUUACUCAAUGGUGAUUCCAUCGCUUUUGAGUGAGCCUCAACAAGUUGAUAAACGCUAUGACUCUAGUAAGUUAGUUGCUUAUGUUUCUGUUGAGGAUACAAGUCUAGUCAAAGAAGGAACCAAAGAGUUGCGUGGACACAUCCGAAGAUUCAACCUUGCUAAAGAGCGUCUUCCUCGCGGAGAGACUUUGAAAGAGACGGAAGAGCCAAAAUCUAUUGUGAUAAGUCCCUCUGGGGAGUUUUUCGGAAUCCGUCACAAGUGCAAGAUCCAUGUAUGGGAUGCUCCUUGUGGAAGAUCAAAGGAUGCGGUUUCCAAGAAGAUGACGUUACACCACACAAAGGCUAUCAACGCUUUUGCGUUUCAUCCCACGGAGAGGAUCAUAGCUGCUGGAGAUGUUACAGGGAGAUUGUUGAUUUGGAGAGGAUUCGGUAACAGGAAGCUUGCUUUAGGUAAUCAGAAGAAGAACGGGAGAGCAGUGGUUGAUGUGGACAACCCUGGGGUGAGAGGUGAAGAUGAUGCUGAGUCUUGCACCACGUGGCAUUGGCACUCUGCUGAAGUAAAUGUCAUUAACUUCUCUUGCGAUGGAGCUUAUUUGUACUCAGGGGGAAGGGAAGGUGUGCUUGUCGUUUGGCAGCUAGAGACAGGGAAGAAGAAGUUCUUACCAAGAAUAGGAUCUCCUUUGUUGUAUUUCAUGUGGUCUCCAGAUCCAACUCUUUCCUCUGUGGUUUGUGCAGAUAAUCAGAUCCAUUUGCUUAAAAUGCCUUCCAUGGAGAUCUAUAGGACCAUUUCUGGAAUCAAGCCUCCGCCAUCAUUGCCUAAGAUGUAUGAAGGCUUGGCUAGUACUAUUGCCUUUGAUCGAUCAUCUGGCAUAGCUGCAUUGUGCACAGAGAAUUAUUGUGUUCAACUGUACAAUCUUCUUAAUGACCGGGGAGUUUCAGAGAUUCAAGUUUGUGAGAGAAACCAUCAACCAGGCGAUGAAAUCACAGUUGUGGUGACAGCGGUUGCUCUCUCCUUAGAUGGCUCAGUGAUGAGUACAACCGAGGUGAAACUUCCAGAAGAUGGCAUAGGAGGCUUAGUGUCCCUCAAGUUCUGGGAGUCUGAACCAGACAACAAAACUUUCACCUUAUCCACAAUCGUAUAUGAUCCUCACAGAGAUGCUGGUGUCUCAGCCAUUGCCUUCCACCCUACCCGUUCCAUGGCAGUUAGUACAUCGUUCGGUGGGGACUUCAAGAUUUGGGUUUGCAACAGCGACAAGAGUACUAGCUGGAUAUGUCAUGCAGUUGGCUCUUACAAGAAGAAGCCAAUGACUGCUGCUGCUUUCUCUGGUGAUGGCACUGUUCUUGCUGCCGCAGCUGAGAAUGUUAUUACGCUUUGGAAUCCGGACAGGAACAUUCUCUUGUCUGUUUUAGGAGCUACUCUUACGCCAAUCACAAAGCUCUGUUUCGCCGGAAAGUCUGAGUUCCUUGUUGCUGCAUCCCAUUUUCCGAAACCCGAGCUAUCUCUUUGGGAUACAUCAAAGCUAUCUCUAUCAUGGUCAUAUGGAUUACGCAUAGAAGCUGUCACUUCCGCAGUGGAUUCAUCAGCUUUUGCUGUCUUGGCUCUGAUCCCAGAAACUUUUAAAAAGGGUAAAUCUAAGAAGAAGAUAUUCCGCGGUCGAGAUGGUGCCAUACUCUUGUUUAACGGAUCAGAUCCUAAGCCAGUCUCUAUAUGGACCGUAAUGAAGGCUGAAGGAGGAUCAAUCUCAUUUCUAGAAGGAGACAAGUCUCAGCUUCGUCUUGCAUAUGUGAAUGGAAGCCACGAGUAUGUUGUUUUCGAUCCCAAUAGCGAUGAGUCACACGAGCGUAGCGCUAUUGACUACGAGGGUCUUGCUGGUCACGAAGAGACUACAGGAGAUUUUGGGUACACAUCGUUGUACGGGCAGUUACCGGAUUAUGACAAGAAGAGAAUGGAGGAUUCUGAGUCGUUGGCUACACCGUUUGUAUCGUCAGAGAGACCGUGGGAGACGAUAUUCAGCGGUUCAACGUUAAACUUCCCGCCUCUUCCGAAAUUAUGUGCUGAGUUCUUUGAGUCCUUGAUGGAGAAAACGACGGCCGUUGUGGAGUGA